AUGGACCGGACGAACAAGUCCGGAUCAUACUUCAUCAUCGGCGCAUUGGGGCUGUACUACUCCAGCUUUGACUGGACGAGCGCGAAUCGAAACCUGCAUCUUGGGACUGGGAGCGAGGCGUUUUGGAGAAAGGGAACCCACAUCUGGGAGUGGUUCAGGCCGCUGGGCAGCCGUGGCAGCGCGGCGUCACUAGAACGAGGAGGCAUUGGGCAGCGCUUGCUUUGGGUCAAGCGCUUGACCACGAAUCCCACACUCCAAGCUUUUGAUCACAGCAUUGGCUUUCAAAGAGCACGCAAGCAACCCCAUCAUGAAGGCGGCGAUGGAGCUAAGGACCGAACGAAUUCACUCUACGACCCUUUCAAUCACUUCCUCGACAUUUGGAUCCACUUGUGCGAUUCAUCUACCUGGGUGACCAGGGAUAAGAUCGCUGCCCGUAUCCACCAGCUACUUCACGACAUCCAUGAAAGGCGAUUGGCCGAAUACGAUACAGAGCCGGACCCAGGACUGUUCCAGCGAAAGGAGGACUAUGAGAAUUUCGAGGUGGACGCAGUCCCCUGGGGUCGUGAUGGUGGUAGACGAUUCAAGGUGCCGAGGCUGAAGUCCGGAACCCUUCCUAGAGAUAUUCAUGAUCAAGAGACGCCAGGGCCAUAUAUCGAGACGGGUUUCAGAGUCCUUGCGCCCAAUGAUGUGGAAGUUCUCUACUUUCUCAGUGUCAUCUUAAAGAUGAAAGGCGUAAAGACAUAUGAAAUCGAAUGA